UUCCCCGGUACGAGUUUUCCUAUCGGAGCGUUGUAGCCCGACUGGUACCUUCCUGCAGCCUGUGCGACUCCUCCCAGGAAGUCCCAGCUACAGAUGAAGCAUUUCAGAGGCAGGGAGAGGGCAGCAUGUGUGGAAAGGCAGCCUGGGCGGCUGUGUCAGACUUCCACAGCGUCAGGCAGCAUGGUCCAGCUUGAUUGAUCUGUGGAGUGCUUGCCUCACCCCUCUGCUUUGUGUCUGGGGGAAAUGCAGGUCCGUGCCCUCAGGAGUGAGACAGCAGGAGCCGUGGCAUGCUCAGGAGAGCGAGACCGUCCCUGCGUCACUUCUUGCUGGAGAGAAAGAGCAGCACUGGAUAUAGCUCCUACUUCAGCGAGGCAAAAAUGUCAAGGCCAGUGCAAUCUCGGAGGCUGGAGGGAGUGGAUAAGAAUAUCUGGGUGGAGUUUGUAAAACUGGCUGCCACCUACUCCAGAGUGAACCUCGGCCAGGGCUUCCCUGACUUCCCCCCACCGGACUUUCUGAAGGAGGCAUUAGUGACAGCCCUCAGCAGGGAGAACAACAUGCUGCACCAGUACACCCGUGCCUUUGGACACCCACCUCUGGUGAAGGUCCUAGCCCAGCUUUUUGAGAAGCUGCUUGGACAGGACCUGGAUCCUAUGACCAAUGUGAUGGUGACCGUCGGGGCAUACCAGGCCCUUUUCUGCUGCUUCCAGGCUUUCGUUGAUGAAGGCGAUGAGGUGAUAAUUAUUGAGCCCUUCUUUGACUGCUAUGAGCCGAUGGUGACAAUGGCUGGUGGGACACCAGUGUUUGUCCCACUGAGACCGAAAGCUCCAGAAAAUGGAAAAAUGAUGUCUAGUGCAGACUGGAAGCUGGACUCGGCUGAACUGGCUUCUAAAUUCAAUGAACGGACAAAAGCCAUUGUCCUGAACUCACCCAACAACCCUCUGGGCAAGGUAUUCAGCCAAGGGGAGCUGGAGCUCAUUGCAGACCUGUGUGUGAAGCAUGAUGUCCUGUGCAUCAGUGAUGAGGUGUACGAGUGGCUGGUCUAUGAUGGGAAGGAGCACAUCCGCAUCGCCAGCUUGCCAGGGAUGUGGGAUCGCACAGUGAUCAUUGGGAGUGCUGGGAAGACCUUCAGUGCCACUGGCUGGAAGGUAGGCUGGACCGUGGGACCCAACAGGCUGCUGCAGCACAUCCGUACCGUGCACCAAAACUCAGUGUACCACUGUGCCACAGCUGCCCAGGAGGCUGUGGCUCAGGGUUUCCAGAGGGAGCUCAUGCUGUAUGGGAAACCAGACAGCUACUUUGUCCAACUGCCCAAGGAGCUGCAGAAGAAGAGAGAUUGGCUGGUCCAGAGCCUGGAUGCUGCAGGGAUGAAACCCAUCAUCCCCGAGGGCACCUACUUCUUGUUAGCAGACAUCUCCAACUUCAAAUCUGAUGUCCCUGAUGUCCCUAAUUCUGAUGAGCCCUACGACUCCAGGUUUGCAAAGUGGAUGGUCAAGAACAAGGGACUUGCUGCCAUUCCACUCUCUGCUUUCUACUGUGGGGCCCACAAGAACAACUACAGCCAUUUCAUCCGGUUCUGCUUCGCAAAGGAGGAAGCUACGCUGAAGGCAGCAAAUGACAUACUGCAAAAAUGGAAACAGGAGAAAACCAGUCCCUGAAUGCACUGAGAGAGAACCAGGCUCUCCUUGGUCCUCACCUGCCCCGGCUGCUCCUUCUUCCUCUUACUUUGCUUGGCUCCAUACUUUGAUAUGUUCUUAUUGUCCACAUUUUCUGUCAGACAAAUGGGCAGAGAUUUGCCAGGCCCAGAGUCUGGGGGACACUUUCUGUCACUGGGAAAUGAUUGCACUGUUACUGUAAGAACCAAAUCUUUGCAUGCCCUGACAGUAAAACAUCAAAUGAUGUUUGUCUUAAGUUUAAAGACUUUGCUAAUCAGUUCUGGGAUGCAUCCAGCAAGAUGCAAGGUAAGGAUGGCUCCUGGGGGCUUUUCCACCACCAAAUUCUGAAAAGGCAUCUCAGGACCUACCUUUAAGGCCAUGCUGGGGCCUUACCAUGUACCCCAGGACACCAUUUCCACCGGCACCAUGUUCCCAUGGGAUCAUGCAGUAUCAUCAGUAGGUUAAUUCCUAUGAUCCUGAAAAUUACAAAACCCAGUGAAAUGCCAUUUUCCAGAAUUAACAUUAUUUAGUUUUCCCAUCAUUCUUUUCUGUGCAUCUGUGGGAAAGCUGAGAUGGGUCAUUGGUUACUCCCAGGGAAACAGGCUUUCAUGAAUAGCCUGGCUACUGCCAAACCUUCCCUGUGCAUCCCCCAAACUACUCCUGGCACUUUGUCAACGCUCAGCAGCAUCAUCCAGGCUGCAAAACAAAAACCUUCAGGCCACUGAUGAAUGCACACAGUGGCUGGGGAGGAUGGGUACAGUGGCCUUGGGCUGCUCCUGUUGCUGGUGGCCCCCACAGCCUCCCACCCACCAGGCUGAUGGGUGAUGGGUGAUGGGGUAAUGUGAGCAGCAUUUUGUAAGGUCAUUCUUGCAUCACUGUCGAUUUCAACCUGCAUAACAAUGCAAACCAGCAUCAUCCAUCACGCAACAGACUGUGCAAUAAGUAUUUGUAGCAGUUAAAUUAUUAAAGUGGAAUUACUGCUAUUA